GGCGUUCUACGCGCAAUCAAUCCAGAGGCUGGUUUCUUCGGUGUUGCACCAGGAACAAACGCGAAAACAAAUCCAAAUGCAUUGGCUACUUGUAUGAAGAACACCGUUUUCACAAAUAUUGCACAAACAAAAGAUGGUCAUGUCUUUUGGGAAGGACUUGAAGAUGAUUAUACACCAGAUACUGAAAUUAUUACAUGGCUUGGUGAUCAUGUCAAAUUGUCAGAUAAAAGUCAUGAUCCUAAAGCUCAUCCUAAUUCAAGAUUUUGUUGUCCAGCAAGACAAUGUCCAAUUAUUCAUCCUAAAUGGGAAGAUCCUAAAGGUGUACCAAUUUCAGCAAUUAUAUUCGGUGGUCGACGACCUGAAGGUAUCCCACUGGUUUUACAAUCUUUUGAUUGGAAACAUGGCGUUAUGUUGGGUGCUGCUUUGAAAUCUGAAGCAACUGCAGCUGCUGAAUUUAAAGGCAAACAAGUAAUGCAUGAUCCAAUGGCUAUGCGUCCAUUUGUUGGUUAUAAUUUUGGGCAUUACUUAAAUCAUUGGUUAAGUAUGGAUAAACCGCCGCAUAAAUUACCACUGAUAUUCCAUGUGAAUUGGUUCCGAUUAAAUAAACAAGGCAAAUUUGUAUGGCCUGGUUUUGGCCAGAAUAUUCGUGUCAUUGAUUGGAUAAUGAAACGUGUAAAUGGUGAAGAUAUCGGUGUACCAUCACCUAUCGGUAUUUUGCCUAAAAAAGGAACAAUCGAUUUCGAAGGAAUUAAGGCUGAUUGGGAUGAAAAUUUCUCCUUGCCGAAAGAUUAUCUUCUAGAAGAUGUUGAAGAGACAAUCAAGUAUUUACAUGAACAAGUUGGUAAAGAUCUACCUGAUGUUAUUCAAAAAGAAUUAGACAAUCAACGUCAACGUAUUCAAACUCAACUUUAAUUCUGCUUGAAUCAAUAAUGAUUGAUAAUUAAUGAUAACAAUAUUAUCAUGAAGCUAUUAAUAUCUUCAUGAACAAGCAUUACAUCAAAGUCAGGUUUUAUUUUCUUUCUAAUUUGAUCUAUUUGAAAUCAUGAAAUGAGCAUCAGUCAAAUUAGAAUGAAAUUGAUUUUUCAAAUUUUUGUUUCCUGUAACUGUCAUUUUCUUUUUGUCGCUGUUGUUGAUCUUGUUGUUGUCGUUGUUGUUGCUGAUCCCUUCUGACUUUUACUUUCUGAUCGCAUUUGUGUUGUUUUUUUCAUUUUACAUAUUUAUGUUAAAUGCUCAAUGCGUUUUUUGCUGUUUAAAUUGUACUACUGCUUCUACUAUUACGACGACGACUACUACUUCUACUACUAAUUUUUAUGAUUUUCUUUAUAUGAAGCGCUAGAUCAAUUAGUUGAAUUAAUAUAAACAAAUAAAAUAUUGAAUUAUAUAUUUUCGCGUUAUUUUGAGUUCUUUUGCCCAAUGUUCCCUCAUC